UAAUGUAGCGCUGCAUGCGUGUGUAUUUGGAAUAUCCGUAAAAACAUUCGAAUGCAUGCACAGGGCACACACAUGCUGAAUGCAAAGCACAUUUUUCAUAUGAUCUUCAUCGAAGCACGUUGUUGGAUCUUGAAUUUUCUUUUAAAUUUUUCUUAGAUUUUUUUCUUCAAUUCCACAUUUCAAAUUGAUCCAAAAAAUGGGUUCCAAAUAUUGUUUCAAAAGUAUAACGGUUGUACCGACUUACAAAGAAUGUAUCGAUAUAAUUCUUUCGAAAACGCAACGUAAAACACCGACCGUUGUACAUAAACAUUUUAAAAUAUCUCGAAUUCGUUCAUUUUAUAUGCGUAAAGUAAAAUUUACACAACAAAAUUUUCAUGAUAAAUUGGAUACAAUAUUGACCGAAUUUCCAAAAAUCGAAGAUAUACAUCCAUUUUUUGCCGAUCUAAUGAAUGUUCUUUAUGAUAAAGAUCAUUAUAAAUUAGCAUUAGGACAAUUGAAUACAUGUAAACAUUUGAUUGAUAAUAUUGCACGUGAUUAUGUUCGUCUAUUAAAAUAUGGUGAUUCAUUAUACCGGUGUAAAAUGCUCAAAAGAGCUGCAUUAGGACGAAUGGUAACCGUAUUGAAACGACAAACAGAAAAUUUACAAUAUUUAGAACAAGUACGACAACAUUUAUCACGUUUACCAUCGAUUGAUCCAAAUAUGCGUACAUUGUUGAUUUGUGGUUUUCCAAAUGUUGGUAAAUCAUCAUUUAUAAAUAAAAUUACACGUGCCGAUGUUGAAGUACAACCAUAUGCAUUUACAACCAAAUCAUUAUAUGUUGGUCAUACUGAUUAUAAAUAUCUUCGUUGGCAAGUUAUUGAUACACCCGGUAUUCUUGAUCAUUCAUUAGAAGAACGUAAUACAAUUGAAAUGCAAUCAAUUACAGCAUUAGCACAUAUACGUUCAUGUAUUGUCUAUAUAAUGGAUGUUUCACAACAAUGUGGCUAUUCAAUUGAAGAUCAAAUAUCAUUAUUUCAUAAUAUUAAACCAUUAUUUUCAAAUAAGCCAAUAAUUAUUGUUGUUAACAAAAUUGAUGUUCGAAAAAUAUCCGAUCUUAAUGAUGAACAUCAAAAAAUGUUUGAUGAAUUACGUAAUGAUCCAAGUAUUAUGUUAAUACAUGAAAUGUCAACUGCAACAUCGGAUGGUGUAAUUGAAUUACGAAAUGAAGCCUGUGAUUUACUAUUAGCACAUCGUGUUGAACAUAAAACAAAAUCCAAACGUGGUGAUGAGAUUGAAAAUCGUCUUCAUAUUGCCCUGCCAAAACCAAGAGAUGAUAAGGAGCGGCCACCAUUUAUACCGGAUGCUAUCCUAAAGAAAAGAAAUCAAAUGGAAACCAAUGGAAAAACUAUUGAUGAUGAUGAUGAUGAUGAGGAAAUUAUGGAUGGUGAUGAAAAUCUUCAACCAAUGAAACGAAAAUUAGAACGUGAUAUUGAAUUAGAAUUACGUGAAGAUUAUAUACUUGAUUUGAAAAAACAUUAUGAUUUACCUGAUGAAGAAAAAUAUGAUAUUAUUCCCGAAGUAUGGAAUGGUAAAAAUAUUGCCGAUUUUGUUGAUAAAAAUAUUGAAUCAAAAUUAGAUGCAUUAAUACGUGAAGAAGAAGAACGUAUUAAUUCUGGUUUCUAUGAUUUUGAUUUGGAAUCUGAAGAUGACGAACUUCAAGAAAUUCGACAAUUAGCCAAGAAAAUUCGUGAUAAAAAAGGAUUAUUAAAAUUUGAACAACGAAUGAAUAAUACGAAUAAAUCAAAAACACCAAGAACAAAUAAAAAACGUGAAAGAAGUUUAUCACGUUUACGACAAGAACAACGACAACUUGGUGUUGAUAUUGAAAGUGAUGAAGAGGGUAAUUAUUUUGAUGAAGCAGCUGAAGAUACAAGUAUCCAUCGACCACCAUUGAAAAAGAGUCGAACAGAUAAUGAAGGUCAUGUUCGAUCUAGUUCGAAAACACCACGUGAUCGUACUGGUGUUAAAAAUGAUGAAAUGCGAAAGAAAGCAAGAAAAUUAUUGAAAAUGUCUCAACGUAGAUUAGCUGUAAAUGCACGAAAAGGUGAAGCAGAUCGUAUGAUACCGGCUACAAGACAGAAACAUUUAUUGGCUGGAAAACGUGGCCGUGGAUCGACUCGAAGUCGAUAAAAGAAGCAAUGAGGAGACUUUUUUCAUGUAAAAUUCAUUAUGGUUUGGUUUGGUUGUUUUUGGAAGAAUGG